AUUACGUGCAAAGUUCAGUCUUCCUCAAAACAUACUACACAGUAGAUUAACAUGGAGGAAAGUUACCUAUUUUUAGGGCUAUGUACCUUUACUAUAGUCAAGUUUUGCAGUAUUUUGAUGGUAAACAAGAACAGAAUUAGAAAUGCCCCAAUCGUUGGGACACUUGCUGGAAUUUUUAUCUACCCAAUUAAAUCUUGCAAAGGGAUCAAGGUAGAGGAAGCAGAAUGUACAUGGGAAGGCUUGAAAUGCUUUGAAGCCAAGGACAGACACUGGAUGAUAAUAAACAAUGAUAACAGAAUGAUAACAGCCAGAGAUGAGCCAACCUUGCUACUUAUUAAUCCCAGUUUCCAUGGCAACAUGAUGCAUCUCGAUGCCCCUGGUAUGCCUACAGUGAAAGUGCCUACUGAACCUAACAUAGAGGGUGCCUUAGUUUACACAGUAAAGGUAUUUGGGCAUGUGAACAAGGGCAUGGACUGUGGACAAGAGGUGUCUGAUUGGCUAAGUGAAUACCUGAAGAGGCCUGGCACAAAACUUAUAUACCAACAUCCUAAAUUAGAACUACCCGAUGUCGCAGAUGAAAAUGCAAGAACAUCUGAUAAGGUUGCUUACGGAGAUGAAGUGACCUACAGUAUGCUCUCGGAAGCCUCUGUCAAUGACCUAAAUAGCAGACUUGAUGGAAAACAAGUAACAGUUAAUUCCUUUAGACCCAACUUGUAUGUGAAAGGUUGCAACGCAUUUGAUGAGGAUACUUGGGAAUAUUCAUAUAUUGAAGAUGCUUCACUUUGGAAGAUGAAACAAACUGCAAGAUGUGUAUUAACUACAAUAGACACUGAGAAAGGCGAAAGAGAUGAGAACCAACAACCACUGAAAACACUGAAAAGUUAUCGUCCAAAGGCUGGAGAAAGUCCCUGCUUUGGUAUAUCUCUGUCCCCAGACAACCCUGGUGUAAUUAAAGUUGGAGACAACAUAAGGGCCUGGGUCUGAACCUUGUUAUUUGGACUGUGAUAUCAUAAAGGAACAAAAAAACUCUAUUGAGAUGGUCACUUUACAAGAGAUAUGGCUUCACUACAUCUAUUACACUCCGAACAUGCUACAUUAUAUUUAAAAGGAAUGCCUUCGGCAUAUUGUUCCAAUUAGGAAGUGCUCCACCUACAGUCUUUUACAUUAAGUAAUUAGAUUAUCAAAUUGCUAUACCAUGUGAAUUAAUAUUUGAAUCUGAACUUAAAUAAUCUUUGAAAUCUAUCAACAAGUCCACAAACACUC